UUUCUACUCGUUUGUUUGGACCAUCAUGCACAUUGCUAAGAUGUUUCUGAUACUUUACUAUAAUCAGAGCAUCCAGAAUCAGAACAGUAAUACAAUCCUAAUAAUGAAUGAAAUUGGUGGCCAAAACACAGAAAUGGAAGAUACAGUCACCCAUUUUGUAUUGCAGUUAACUAUAAACACGCGAACAAAUGUUGUCUGCGGAGUUGCCGAAUUGAAUCUCAAAUUUAUUACAACACUUAUAACAGCCAUGUCCACCGUAUUCAUAUUUUUACUACAAUAUGACAUAACUUACGAGGCGCUCAAGUUAACGCAUAACUCGGUUAGUCCCUAGGCCAACGUUUGAACGCAUAUAAUAAAGAACAUAACGAACGUAACGAACGAAAAUAU